AUGUCAGAGCCCGAGCUAGCAGUAUAUGAGAAGCCCUUGUUGUUCCCUGAGGUUUGGGUCGCCGCGGGUACUGUGGUCGUACUGGUUGUUGACGUGGUACUUUCGAUGCUACUUAUUGUACUGGUUGUACUGGUGGCUGAUGUUGUGGCACUGCUGGUUGUGGUGCUGGUAGGCAUAGUACUCGUAAAAGAGAUGACGAGAGGGAUGGAGCUGGUCGAUUUAAGCUCAAAUGUGUAA